AUGACUUCUACUACUACUACUUCUACUACGACUUCUCCCAAUAAUAAUAAUACUUCUAAUAAUAAUAAUAACGAUACUCCUACUAAGGAAGCAGACGAGGAGCUUGUUGUGGGUCAGUCUGUCGAGGCCGUUCAAGUGUCUGUUCCGGAAAAGGCGGAGACCAUUAGUGCUGGCCGUGCUGAGGAAGAAGAGGUGGGUGUGAAACCGGAGGAUCCGAUGGAGGAAGAUUUGGUGAAUCCGGCUACUGUGUUUUGUAUUCGGCUUAAACAGCCUAGGUCUAAUUUGCAACAUAAAAUGAGCGUGCCUGAAUUGUGUCGAAAUUUUAGUGCUGUUGCUUGGUGUGGUAAAUUGAAUGCUAUAGCUUGUGCAUCUGAAACUUGUGCCAGAAUUCCGAGUUCUAAUGCAAAUCCACCAUUUUGGAUUCCUAUACAUAUUGUGAUACCUGAGCGACCUACCGAGUGCGCAGUGUUCAAUGUCAUAGCAGAUUCUCCUCGUGAUUCUGUUCAGUUUAUCGAAUGGUCCCCUACUUCAUGCCCUCGUGCCUUAUUAAUAGCUAAUUUCCAUGGGCGGAUAACUAUCUGGACUCAGCCUUCUCAUGGGGCAGCCAAUCUGGUACGUGAUGCGAGCUGCUGGCAGCGUGAGCAUGAAUGGCGGCAGGAUAUUGCAGUUGUUACAAAGUGGCUCUCAGGGGUGUCUCCGUAUAGGUGGCUUUCCUCAAAAUCCGCUGUUGCUUCUAACUCAAAAUCAAUUUUUGAAGAAAAAUUUCUUUCACAACAGUCUCAAACUUCAGAUAGGUGGCCCAAUUUUCUCUGCGUUUGCUCCGUUUUUUCAUCAGGCUCUGUACAGCUUCACUGGUCCCACUGGCCUCCUAGUCAAAAUAGUACAUCAUCAAAGUGGUUUUCCACAAGCAAAGGGCUUUUGGGUGCUGGGCCUAGUGGGAUCAUGGCUGCUGAUGCUAUAAUAACGGACAGCGGUGCCAUGCAUGUGGCAGGUGUUCCAAUUGUUAAUCCUUCUACUGUUGUUGUUUGGGAGGUCACUCCUGGCCUAGGGAAUGAGUUUCAUGCAACUCCGAAGACAAGUACUGGCAGCGAGGUUCCGCCUUCUGUUAAACCACCCAAAUGGGCAGGUUUUGCUCCUUUGGCUGCAUAUUUAUUUAGCUGGCAAGAGUAUAUAUUAUCUGAAGCUAAGCAAAAAGGAAAGUUGACAGAUCAAGAUUUUAGUGAUGCUGUAUCCCUUCAUUGCUCUCCAGUUUCAAAUUUUUCGGCAUAUGUGAGUCCUGAGGCUGCAGCUCAAUCUGCAGCAACUACUACAUGGGGCUCUGGAGUGACUGCAGUUGCCUUUGAUCCAACCCGUGGUGGUUCUGUGAUUGCUGUUGUUAUAGUUGAGGGUACUCAUCUAUUUUCUUGGCUUAAAACUUAA